AUGGAUUAUGCUCUCGGUGUAUGGAAACGAGGAGGAGGAGAAGAAGAGAGGAACCCGAGCGUGCGCAGAAGACAACACACCAUCGACUUUAGCUCUCCUUCUAUAGGCUCGUCGGCAUCGCGCGUUAUCACCCAAAGUCCAAAUGUCCUUCCGUCAAAGAGAGGACGAUCUCCUACACCCUCUCUUCCUGCCCAGGCUCAUGCUACCCCACCUGCACCAAAAUAUCCUCGCUUGAUCUCGCACUGGAAACCACCAGCUCACUGUCGAUCGCUUACGCCAAUGCCGGCUUUCCCUGUCGCUGCUCGACAGGCUUCUCCCUCCACCAAUCCUUCAUCCCAAGAUAUCAAUAUCCGGUAUGAUUUUGAAUGUCCAGGUCCAUUUUCGGAGACAUGUAUCGUCUCGAGUCAUGAGAAGUUAUCCAACGAAGACAUCCCGAGCUCACCAUCGGUUAUUGCCAUUUCUCCACCUCCCAGACUGAACAAGGGAAAGGGUAGAGCUCGAACUCGCACUCCUUCAUUUGAGCUGCUAGAACAUCCUCCUUUGCCAACUACUCAAGAAUUGGAUCGUGUUUCGUCAAGUCCUGUCGUAAGUGUUCCACAAAGAUCACCUGAAUCAGGAUCUCCUCCAAUCCGAAUACACGCAACCAGUGGACGACAACCUGUGCCUAAAUGGAUAAAGACCAGAAAGAGGAACCCUAGAAACCAACAAAAUGUGAUUUACAAGUCGACUCCCAUUACCCAAGGUGCGUACUGCACCUCUCACCGAGUUCUAGAUCCACAGAAAUUGUACGAUACCAAAAUCAGUGUCCUCAACGACUGGUCUACCAGAGGCCCAAUGGACGACUCACUAUACAGCAGGGAAAGUCGGGAGGAUAUGGAAGAAAUGGAUGUAAACGAUCCUACGGUUAUACAAAUUAAAGAACAGGCGGUAGUUGAGAUAGCUCUUUCGGUAGUUGAGAAUAAUAUGAGUCGCUUGACGGAUAAAGAUGAUCUUGUUAGACUGAUGGAAGGUGUUCGAGUUUUGGUGAUUGGUGACGGGGAGGAGAUGAGCAUUCUUGCUGAAGUAGAAAGGUAUAUAACCAAGCUGGGAGGCACUAUUUGUCGUACCGAACAAUCGCUUUUCAGGAAAGAAGCGACGGUGUACGCCCGCAUUGUCGGUCUGUCUCCCUCCUCUCCCUUGCAAAUCGUGUCGUGCCGGCAGAACGUCAGAGUAAAAGAGUGGAGUUUGAUCAACUGUAUCAAGCAUAUCAAUAGGCUCUGUAACGAACGCAUACUACAGGAUAGACCACUUGAUCAAAGAUUCAAGGCUAUGGCGUCAUGGUGCGAAACAAUAUGCAUGCGUACCGGUUUUGAAAAAUCGAUCUAUAUCAGUAACGCUGUAGAUGGUAAUCUUCGAGAGCCAAUUGAGGAGAUAAUCAGAUUUGAGCAAUUUACAUUGUGCGAGUCGGUCAAUAUAUUGAAGUCGGUCCCAAGCAGAGAUCAGAUCUUGAUCACCAAAGCAACUGCCAUAACCGGUGCUGAAAAAGCCAUUGCCCCAAAUUCGACGAUCAGACUCUUGUCUCCGGAAGGGUUUUAUACCUUUGUAUCGGAUUUGAGAAAGAAUACCCACAAUUCCUCUGAGAGAAACAAAAACAUUACUCGGAGUACUAAAAUGAGUAAAGAAGAAAAGGCUUUCGCUAAGAACUUACCUCCUAAGAUCGCUACUGGUCCACGAGAGAACUUUGCGAUGAGAACGGUGGGUUUGAACAAUGGUUAA